CGAAUGAUUCUUUUCGUGAAAUUUUAAUUGAAAUCUCGUUCUGUGAAUUCUCAUCAGCACCAAUCGUAUUUCGAGAUUCAUAAUGGUUACUAAAAUCAGGCUGCUGGUGUUCCUUGUCGUCACAAUUCUGUCAGAUCAACUUCAGAGUCAGCCGGAAGUCGACUGGUUUGAGAGUUUAUCUAGAUUUCCUAUACAUACAGCUUUGAUAAUGCGUUGCCAUGGAACAGGGGAUUCUGAAAUCUUGAAGGAUAAAUUAUUGGCAAAAAUUAUGAAGACUUUGCCAAGUGUGACACUCCACGUGGAUCAUCCCACCAUUCUGCUGACAGACUUGGAUGUUGGUGGCAUAUCAAAGUUGUCAACAUCUCUCCUCUUCAUUUAUGAUAUUGAAUAUUCAGGGGAUAAUCAGAAAAUAUAUGAAGUGAUUGACUCCAUCCAAAAAUUGGCAGACUUCUCUGUAAACUGCUAUCUCCUCAUCAUACUGAGGACAUCAUCAAAUUUCAAUGGAGACAUGGAAAAUAUUCUGCGACACGCGUGGCAUCACGCAAUCAUGCACAUCGCAAUUGUUGAAAUUCGUCAUGCCUCUAAUUUAAAUGUCUCUACAAAAAUAAUUGCAGAUUCACCGAAAUCUCUGGAAUUGACUGGAGCCAUCACCAAAAUUUCCAAGGGCAAUCCAGACCGAGUGAUAAUCCACCAGUUUAAUCCGUUCAUGAAAAAAUUUUAUCACAUCCAGUUCUCAACUGAAGAAGUGCUGUUCCCAAAUUUUGCUAAAAAUAUGUACGGGCUUGCGCUGAAAAUAAUUAUCGUUAAUCAACCACCAUUUGCUUCGGUCAUAUGGAAUAAUGUUGGUGACAUGGUGAAAAUGUCAGGACCAAAUAUUAUUCUCAUGCAGACAAUUAUUGAAAAAAUUAAUGCCACUCCUGUUAUUCUACCGAAACAAAAGCUUAGUAAGAUAUGGCGAAACGAAUUCACGGUUGAAGAUAUAAUCAAGGAAAGUUUCAAUUGGGAUUUGACUGCUCAUUUGUGCAUUCAUUAUACUGAACAAAUAAUUGAAGAAUCUGUGAGAACGCAUAAUAUCAUAAUUCAUGAACUGGCAAUAUUAAUGCCAAGGAAAUUGACGAUAAACAAAAAAAUCCUCAUGGAUGCCCUUGAAAGUAGUGUUCUUGCCAUGAUUAUAAUAAUUGUCGUUGGGCUUGCAGUGAAACUUUUGAAGUUCGAUCAAAGAUAUUGGAAUUUACUGACUAUCUUCCGCUGGAUAUUCUCAAUAGCGGUGCAACAUCAGCCAUCAAAAAAUUACGAGCGAAUCCUUUUUUUCGUUGUCAUCGUGCUAGGAUUCACAUAUGCCAACAAUAUUUACGCUUCUUUGACAGAUCUGGGCGUUGAUCCGCUGGUGGAAAAUACAUAUGAAACCCUAGAAGAUGUUGAUGCCUCAGGUUUGAUACCAGUUAUACGGAAUCCAGUAUUCAGGAAAACAUUUGAAAAUGCCACUGAUACCAAAUUGAAUUUGAAAAAGAGAAGUCUCAUAGUAAUGGAUAAUACAAAUUGUCCAGAAAUGGCUGUGAGGCAUCGUAAUGUUUCCUGUAUUCUCUUCAGGAAUGAAGCUAAGUACUACAAGCAUCGGACUCGCACCCAAAGUGGACAAUUUCAACUGAAAUUAGCGAAACCAAUUUUUUGGUCGCACAAUGCAGCUUUCCUCUUCCGUCAGAGUUUACCUGGAAAAAAAAAUAUCAAUGAAAUUAUUGAAAGGUGUCGCGAAGCUGGUCUUCUUCACAAAUGGUAUUCUGACAUGACAUAUUCGCAGAGAUCCGAGCACACGAACACGAAAGAACAUGUGCAUGUGGAAGAAGAACAAGUACGGACAUUACGAGGACAACUUAUUACAGUUAUUGUAUUCGGCCAUUCACUUGCUACUCUCACAUUCAUUGUGGAAAUCGUAUUUCAUCGGUUCAAAACCAAGCGAAAUUUUCGCUGA